AAAUAGCCAAGCUUCUAACCCACAAGGACUGAACGUAAACAAAGCGAUUUGCCGGUUCUUUCCAGGGAAUUGUUUGAGGGUUUACAAUCGGCAAAAUAUCACGAUGAGUAAAGCCCAUCCACCAGAGUUAAAGAAGUAUAUGGAAAAGAAAAUAAAUUUGAAAUUAAAUGGAGGGAGACAGAUCACAGGAAUAUUACGAGGAUAUGACCCCUUUAUGAAUCUGGUGGUGGAUGAAUGCAUCGAAGAAACAAAAUUAGGAGAAAAGAACCAGAUAGGCAUGGUGGUUGUCAGAGGUAACAGUAUAAUCUUGCUGGAAGCUCUUGAUCGGAUUGGAUAAAGCAGGGAUCCUGUAGGAUCCAAUGAAGUUGGGCAGCAGUGAAUGACUGUUUCUAGUGACUUUUAUGUGUGAGAGAGAGAGGACUGGGAAAUGAUGUGUUCUAAGUGCCCAGGAAACAAGGGACAUGUGUUCUUUACAAUAUGUAUAGAGUUGUUUUUAGCAACAUCAGUGUUAGAUAUACUUGAUCAUGAAAGUAACUUUGCUUCAUAUUUCACAACUUUCAUUACUCAUUUUUUUUUUUAAUUAAAGUAUACAUGUAAAUGUAUCUGAA